AUGAAGGUUAUCGAGCGGUUCUGGCAACUAGAUGAACCAGAAAAGGCAAACAAAAUUCUGUCUCCUUCCGAAGAGUUGUGCGAGUCUCAUUUUGCAACUUAUAUGAAAAGGAAUCAAGACGGUCGAUUCAGUGUCAGAUUACCCUUCAAGCAAGAUCCAUCGUUGCUUGGUGAGUCAAAACACAUUGCCAUUAACAGGUUUUUAGCGUUGGAAAGAAGACUCGAUAAGGAUGUAAUACUCAAAACACAGUAUGUACAGUUCAUGAAUGAAUAUGCUGAUCUCGGACACAUGGAAAGGGUUGACAUCAACCAAGUUAAUCCUCAUUAUGUCAUCCCACAUCAUGGCGUUUUACGGCCCGAUAGCAGCACCACGAAAUUAAGAGUGGUAUUUGAUGCAUCGUGCAAGACGAGUAGUGGACUAUCGUUAAAUGAUACAAUGUUUACUGGCCCUACAAUUCAAGAGGAAUUGUUUGCGAUUUUACUUCGAUUCAGGUGCCCAAGAUUUGUCUUUUGUUCUGACAUUCAAAAAAUGUACAGACAAAUUAUUAUUCAGCCCGAAGAUCAAAGAUAUCAAUUAAUAGUCUGGAGAAGCAAUAUUAACGAACCCUUACAAUUUUAUCGAUUAAAAACAGUCACCUAUGGAACACGAUCAGCCCCAUAUCUGGCUACUAAAUGCUUACAACAGUUGGCGAAAUCUGAGUUGCAAAAAUAUCCACUAGGUGCAGCAGCACUAAGUAAUGACUUCUACGUAGAUGAUUGCCUAAGUGGAUCAAAUAGUCUCCAAACUGCCAAAGAUAUACAAACUCAGUUAAAAGGUUUGUUGGAAUCAGCAGGAUUCAAGCUACGUAAAUGGUGUGCCAACCAUCCGUCACUUCUUCAAAAUAUUGCAAAAGAAGAUCAAGAAGUUGAUUUGGACUUUCAAAGUGAGGACGCAACAUCAAUCAAAACAUUAGGAUUGACUUGGCAACCAAAAGAAGAUCAAUUUCGCAUAAAAUUAAAACUGGAUCCACUAAAAAUCAUUACUAAAAGAACCAUUACUUCGAACCUAGCCAAAAUUUUCGACCCAUUAGGACUACUAGGUCCAGUACUCGUAACAGCAAAAAUACUAAUUCAGGACCUAUGGCAACUACAAUUAACAUGGGACGAAGCAGUACCAACCGAAAUAUACACUAGGUGGACUACCUUUUAUGACGAUCUACAAGUACUAGAUCAAUUUAAAAUAGAUCGUCAUAUAUUCGGAAAACAGAUGCCAGCACUUGAAUCAAUACAAUUGCACGUAUUUUGUGAUGCUUCACAAAAGGCAUACGGAGCCGCAGUCUACGUUCGAGCGAAACUAAUGGAUGGUCGACUAAUAAAUCGAUUGUUGUGUUCCAAGUCUCGUGUUGCUCCACUCAAAAAACAAACGAUUCCAAGGUUAGAACAAUAUAAAUCAUGA